ACCCAUGCACCCCAUCACCAUUCACAACCUCUCUCUUUCUCUCUCGCUGACACCGUUCUUUGUAUCAUCUUUUCUUCUCCUUUUCGUUCUGCUUUGUAAUUUCUCUCUCUCCUCUGGUUGUGAUUUUUCCAACAAUGGAAGCGAAGCUACUAAGAGUCGCCUCUCCUGCCAUGCAAACCCCUACUGGUUUUAAGUUUUCUAAACCCAGUUGCCUUUUUGGGUACCAAAACAUCCGGAUUUGUAGCUUUCGAUUCCUCAAUCCAGGCUUGUCAACGCAGGGUAUCCGAUCUGCUCAAGGUUCAGCAAGUUCCUUUGGAUUGCCAAAGAAAGAAAGUGUUGAUGAAAGUGAGAGUUGUACUCUCGAGAGUAUAAGACAAUCUUUGAUCAGACAAGAGGAUAGCAUCAUAUUUAGCCUCUUGGAGCGAGCUCAAUAUUGUCUUAAUGUAGAGGCAUAUGAUCCUAAUGCUUUCUUCAUGGAAGGUUUUAAUGACUCUCUAGUCGAGUUCAUGGUUAAAGAAACCGAAAAGCUUCAUGCUCAGGUGGGAAGGUUCAAGAGUCCGGAUGAGCAUCCUUUCUUCCCAGAUGAUUUACCUGACACAAAGCUGCCUCCUUUGAAAUACCCCCCAGUUCUGCAUCCCAUUGCUGCUGAUUCAAUCAAUUUCAACAAUACAAUAUGGAAUAUGUAUUUUAGAGAUAUUAUUCCUAGAUUAGUCGAGGAUGGAGAUGAUGGUAACAGUGGAUCAGCUGCAGUUUGUGACACAAUUUGCUUACAGGCUCUAUCUAAGAGAAUCCAUUAUGGUAAAUUCGUUGCAGAGGCGAAAUUUCGAGCGUCACCAACUGAGUAUGAAGCUGCCAUUAGAGCACAAGACAUUUGCCAACUGGUGGAUUUGCUGACACACCGGGCAUUAGAGAAGACAGACAGGAAGAGAGUAAUGAGGAAAGCUAAAAUUUUUGGGCGAGAGGUGCCGGUCAAUGUAGAGGAAGACAGAGCUCAUCCAGUGUUCAGAAUAGAUCCAUGCUUAGUUGCUGACCUCUAUGUCAAAUGGAUAAUGCCGUUGACUAAGGAAGUUGAGCUUGAGUAUUUACUGAGACGGCUAGAUUGAAGGGGUUAGUUCACGCAAAUGUGUAUGUGUAAUACAUAUAUACAUAUGUACACACGCAUAUGUAAUAGUGUCUCAGCUAUGCCCUUUCUCUGUGAAAUAAAUGGUGGUUUCUCAUAUAUUUUGACCAUAGUGAAUUGGUUGCCGGUGGAGAAGUUAGAAACGAUGGUGGUGUUGGGCAUCUUAGAGAGUCUCAUAGUCCGUCGUUAGACAUGCGUAUCUUCUUGUUACACAAACGUCACACCAUAGGAAUUUUAAACUUGUAAAAUGUAAGGUGAGUUAAAUUUGUUGUUUGUUUUAGUACUUAGGCCUAGGGCACCAAGUGUGAUCAUGGGGAUAUUGAAAUGUUAUGGAUAGGAGCAAAUGAUGACGGGAAUUGUUUUUGCCAAGUAAAA